AUGGAGAAGAUAGAUCAAGGUUGGACUGACUUCGCAUUUAUUGGGAGACCAGUGCAUCACCUGAAAAAGUGUUUCCGGGUUGAUGAACUGGGAAGAAAGAGGUGCAAAAAAGUGCAUGAUUGGAACCCCACACCUCGUGUUGAGAAGAAAAGUUUGUCUGUGGGAUCACGCAGAGAGCUGUCAUCAGAUAUUUUCGCAUAA